AUGCAAAUGAAAAUGCAAAUGCAAAUAUUAAUGCAAAAUGCCAAAUGCAAAAUGCAAAAUAGGCCCGUCGGCUUCUGGGGCAAAAUUGUCGGCUCUUUGUGCGUGAUCGCUGGUGUGCUGACAAUCGCACUGCCGGUACCGGUUAUCGUCAGUAAUUUCAAUUACUUCUAUCACCGCGAAACGGAUCAGGAGGAGAUGCAGAGCCAAAAUUUCAACCACGUUACAAGUUGUUCAUAUUUACCUGGUGCACUAGGUCAACAUUUAAAAAAAUCCUCACUCUCCGAAUCGUCAUCGGACAUUAUGGAUUUGGAUGAUGGCAUUGAUGCAACCACACCAGGUCUGACUGAUCAUACGGGCCGCCACAUGGUGCCAUUUCUGAGAACGCAGCAAUCGUUUGAGAAGCAACAGCUGCAGCUCCAACUACAGCAGCAACAGCAGCAGGGACUUCAGCAGGGACAGCUGCAGCAGCAGCAACUCGGCCAGAACGGCCUAAGGAGCACAAAUAGCCUACAGCUAAGGCAUAAUAACGCAAUGGCCGUCAGUAUUGAAACCGACGUCUGACUACUAGUCAAACAAAUGGAAUACAGACGAAACUUGCGCAGUGAAAUGUUACGUUGGAUGCCAGAAACGUCAUCAAAAGCAGUCUAAUCUAGAAUUUUAUUAAUAAUAAAUAAAUAUUAAAGUAAUAAUAAUAAAAAUAAUUAUAGUAAGCAGCGUAGUUGUAAAUUAAACAGCAAAUGUAAAACAAACUACACACAAACACACACACACACACACACACACGGACAGAUACACACACAAAGUAGCUUGAUAAAGUAGCUAAAUGUCAAAGCGAUAGUUUUUUUUUAAUACUCAAUUUCGGCGGCAACAAUUUACACAGCUGCUCAAAGGAGACCAUGACACACACACACACACACAAACAAAUACACUCACACACACAGAGAGAGAAGUAAACAAAUUGAAGAAAAAACAAAACUCAACUUAAUACCUAUGUUCAAAUUUAGCAAUUAACAACUAACCAUCGUUAUAGUCAAGAAACAACGCGAUGAAGAAUGAGAACGAGAACAAAAACAAAACCAAAAAUGAGAAUUAUCUUAGUAGUCGAAUCUAAUUGGAGUUUCUUCCUUUCUUU